CAAAACCAACACGAAUUUUUUUUUCAAAACCAACACGAAUUUAUUCACUAGCGAAGCGAAAGCAUGACGUCAUUACUGAGAAUUAGCGCAUGCGCUGUGAAGGGGGGAACAGGGGGAACUGAAUUCUCCGGAACACCGGCCUUCUGUGGUAACAGCUCACAGCCAGCAGCUCACAUCACGUGUGAUUUUGCGGUCGCAAAUACAUUACAUGAAGACAGACAUGACAUUUUGGAGGUGAAUUGUAUCUUAUAAAUACAGCAUGUGACUCUUUCAUUUGGGGGUGUCCGCGUUGCUGAACAACGCAUGUAAAACAGUGUGAAGACUCGCGCAGCCGCCUUUUCUUCUCUCCUGAACUUGAAAAUAUGAUUGACAGAAUCGAGAUCGAGAUAUUUACGAUUAAUUGUGCAGCUCUAACACACGUGAUGUCGGCUCAGCGGCCGGCGAGUCGCGGCUCAUUCGGACCUGGAGCUGGAAGACCACAGACCGCCAGCAGAGUGGGCACAGCGAUGGCCCCAGGGACGGCCCGUCCGGGCACUAGAGGAGCACAUCUGGCCACUCCUGGAGUUCUGUCAGCUCAGAUUAAAGUGGCGGAUCGUCCGGUGACACAGCAGGGCCUGAGCGGAAUGAAGACGGGCAUCAAAGGACCCCAGAGGCAGAUCCUGGACAAGUCUUAUUAUCUGGGCUUAUUAAGGAGUAAAAUAAACGAGCUGACGAUGGAGUCCAGCAGACUGCAGAAGGACAUCGACACCUUCAACCAGGAGAACUCCGUCUACCUGUCUUAUGAGAAGAGAGCAGAAGUCCUCGCUGGUGAAAUUAAGGAUCUUCAGGGUCAGCUGGCGGAUUAUAAUACGUUGGUGGACAAGCUGAACACUAACACUGAGAUGGAGGAAGUGGUGAAUGACAUCAUCAUGCUGAAGGCGCAGAACGACAGAGAAGCUCAGAGUAUAGACGUGAUCUUCACACAGAGACGACAGAAAGAGGAUCUGAUCCGGGCCGUGGAGGAGCAGGUGGUGCAGCAGAAGCGAGCGGCUCAGGACAUCAUACAGAAGAUGAGUGAGGACAAGCAGAAGCAGUACAGAGAGAUGAAGAGCAGCAAUGAGGAGCUGCUGCAGGAGCUGGAGACGCAUCAGGAGGAGCUGGACACACUGAUGAGCAGGAGAGAGAUGCUGGAGGCGGAUCUCCUGCACUCUCAGGCUAAGCAGGCUGCCGUGUCUCUGCAUGAGCAGCUUCUGGAUCUGGAGAACCGGAGAGCGAGUCUGCAGGCGGAGGACAGGAGUCUGGGCUCACCACAGCACGAGAGAGAGCGCCUCCUCACUACGGUGAAGGAGAAUAACCAGGAGAUCGCCAGCAUGGAGAGACAACUGUCCGAGGUGCGAGAGAGGAUUAUCCAGCUCAGUGAGGAGAUGCGGCAGCUGGACACAGACAUGGAGGAACAUCAAGGGGAACGAACUCAGAAGUACAAGGAGCUGCAGAAGAAAGAAGAAGAAAUCGACUCAUAUUUACACACAUUUGAGGACAGCAGAUCUCAGGAGCAGCAGCUGAUCAGAGACUCUCAAAGCAGCAUCGUGGCCUUACUGGAGCAUUCCAGCAGGAACAUCAGCCGUCUGCAGCAGCUGUCCUCCGUCACAGCGCAGGAGCUGCAGUCCAUGCAGGAGGACCUGACCUUCAAGGAGACGGAGAUGCAGAAAUCCCAGAGCACUGCCAAAGGCCUCAACUCAGAGAGCGAGCGCCUGCAGCAGGAUCUCCUGAAGGUGGAGCAGCUGGAGGGUAAGGUGUGUGUGGAGCUGCAGACGCUCAGAGAGACGCUCACACUCAUGCAGACGGAGAUGCAGACGUAUAGAGACCUGCAGGCGCUGCGAGCGGCCGGGGAACAGCGCAAGACGCAUCUGCAGGAGGAGCGCGUGGCUCUGGCUCAGAGGAGGGACAGCUUCAGGAAGACGCUUCACAGAAUGUUGGAGCAGAAUGAGACUCUGAAGAAGCAGCUGCAGGAGAACGAGGUGCACGCGGAGCUUACCAACAUGGAGAGGAAGUGGCAGCACCAUGAGCAGAACAACUUCCUGAUGAAGGAGUUCGUGGCCAGUAAGGCUGUGGAGAGUGACUAUCGGCCGGUGGUGAAGAGCGUCCGCAAGCAGCUGCUGGACUACAACACACUCCUGCUGGAGGCCCUGAGCUGAGCAAACCACUUCCUGUUCCACAUCACCUUCAGCAUUCCAGAGGACUUCACCCGAGUGUUCUAGAAUGUGAGCCUAGACCUGUGUGUGUGUGUGUGUGUGUGUGUGUGUGUUAGCUCAGAGUGUAGAGCUGAUUGUUUACACUCCAGUGUGAUCGAUUCCCCCUUAAUAAAAGAUUAAUUAAUGA